AUGGCAUCUCAGACUAUUCAUGAUAUUGCGACGAAAGGCUUUGAUGACGCCCAGUCUUAUGACGCACACCGGCCAUCUUACCCCCCUGCUGCUGUCGCCAGUCUUCUGGGACAUCUCGGUCUCGAGGGUCAAUCUGGACGCCAUAUCCUAGACCUGGCAGCUGGCACUGGCAAAUUCACUGAGCUUCUAUCUGCCAGGCCAGAAGGAUACAAAAUUAUUGCCAUAGAGCCGUUGGACUCGAUGAGAAACACCCUUGUUGCCAAGAAACUCCCCAAAGUAGACGUGCGGCCAGGUACGGCAGCUGAAAUGAAGGACGUGGAAGAUGGAUGGGCUGACGGCUGCAUUGUGGCUCAGGCCUUUCACUGGUUUGCCAGAGAGGAGUCCCUCAUGGAGAUACAUCGGGUACUCAAGCCUGGGGCCAAACUGGGGUUGAUCUGGAAUGCUGAAGAAUAUAAUCGCCCCGAAAGCUGGCCAGCCUCUACAAAGUGGGAGCAGGAGCUCAGCGAGCUCAACUUCAACGAAAAGGUGGACAACGAGCCUCGGUUCCGACACUUGCUAUGGAAGAAAGUCUUCGACCGUCAAGCCGAAGCUGAGAAGCCAUUCUUUUCCACGCCCAUCGAGACCGAAAAAAUCACAUGGUCGAUUUGGUUGACCCCUGAUGCUUUGUGGGACAGAUUCGACACACUUAGCUGGAACAAACUUCGGCAAGGGGAGGAGCGUCGACUGUUCAGAGAGAAGUUCGACAAGAUCAUCAGGGAGGGCGAUGCCACGUUCAAUGAGAACGGUGAGGUUGAGCUUCAUGGGUGCACUUUCUUUGUCUGGACGUCACGUUUGGAUGGUCCAGAGUGA